ACUCAAUGCUGAACACUUAGUCCCAUGUAGUUCUGGAGUACGUACGGAGCAUUGUUCCCGCGCUUUCAUAUACACACACAGAGCGUUAUUCUUAUGUUUGAACACAACUAAUGUAUACUGACCUUGUGGAUUCUGUAGGUACAGCAGCAGUAACGUCCAUGUAGAAAUUUCGCGGUGUUUUGGAUUCAAUACUGUUUAUAAUGAAGCUGAAUGGUUUCAGCUGUGCGAUGCAUACGUCGACUGGUUCUUGGAUUGUCUUAUUUUUAGGAUUAUUUGUAUUUCUUACUGUGUGUGAUUGUGCAGUUGUAAACCCGGACGCGUUAAUAUUAGAAACGUCUCCACCUUUUGUCGAGGAGGUAGAGGUCGGUACUGUCCCUUCUCAAAAUAGGAGGGAUAGGGGAGAUCAAUCAAAGAGAAGAAAUAAGCAAAGGCCUACUACAGAAUCAGAUACACAGCCGAGCACUGAAGAUAAACCCGAUUUACCUAAUGGAUACCCCUCACUAUACAAUCCAGAUGAUGUACAGCUCGGUUGUACCGAAUUGAGAUCAAAACGGUAUAUAUCCGACGGGUUCUGCACAAGUAUGAAACCGAUUACGGAAGUGGUUUGUGCCGGUGAAUGCUUACCCGUACGGAACUUACCAUGGUACGCAGAAUACGUAAAGGUCUGGAGUACGGAAAAGACAAAAGAAUGGCGAUGCGUCAAUGACAUUGUUCGCCAUAAACGGGUCCACCUUCGUUGUGAGAAUGGGGAGAGGCGAACGUAUAGAAUUCGAACUGUUCGAAGUUGUAAGUGCAAGAAAUACAAUAAAAAACACAACGAGUCACGUUUAGACAUUAUCAAUGAGCAUGACGCUAGUCGAUCAGAGCGCAGGAAAAAUCGACAGAAAGAAAACUGAUUCGAAGCAGGUGUCGCCCCAUGUUCCUUUGAAUAGUGCUAAAAUGGUGAACAACGUAAAUCCAAAAGCACACUCUUUCUGCCUUCGCAUGCAGAGUUAAAAUCGGGAAGCAUAACUGUAAAGAUUUUAACCACAGUGCAACCAGGUCUGUGUUGUCGAAUGUUUACUGUCCUCAUUAAGGAAUUUGUCAUAUAUGGACAAUUUGAAACUAGUGUUCGUUUAAAAACCAGAAGAUGAAUGAGAAAAAAGGAAACAGUAAAACAAAUGAUUGUUUCAUACGUCUUGUAACUGUUGAAAACAAUUGACGAUAUAUUGCGUACAGAAGCCGAGACAAAUUACGAGUAUGAAACUCGUCUCGAUCGUCUAGAAUAAUCCAGGAGUACGAUCUUAACACCUGCUUGACUUCGCUCACUUGUAUCAUACUGGAGUUAGUGUAAAGUAUUGUUUCGUUUGAGAAACAUUGUAAAUUAUGAAAACAUGUAUAAAUUUAUGAUAUUGUAUUCUUUAUUGCCACAUUGGAAUCCCAAACAGGCAUGUUCACUGUAUUCAUUACAAUAUAUUGUAUUAUUUUCGUUGAAUAGUUUAUAUGAAAGCAGUAUUAUUGUUCUUCAAGUUUACUAGCACCGUGCAUAUUUAAAAAUGUUGUUAAUGACGUAAAUUCUCAGUAACCAGUUCUUUUAUGGUACCUAAAGUUGGGUUUCCAUACAAUCCCUACACGCUAUCGCCGACACCUUUCGGUGAUUGGUUGGUCGUAUCGAGGACCCUUCCCGAUUGCGUCAGGGACUGCUACCUAGUGCAAUGAUUGCAGUUAAAAAAAACAGUAGCGGUAGUGUAGCGAUUUUAAGGAAACCAUGCUUAAUUAAAAUUCUCUACUAGAGGUGUGGGCUUCGAUCUUACGGCUCACGUGAAAAGUUGGCAAACGUUGUAGUAAUGUCCGGAGAACGUUAUAUAAGUUGAUAUUAAAUACGGGAAUGUAAAUUAAUGAUCUUUAAAAAUCAUUAGUGUGUCCUAAUUGAUAAAAUUUCGUGAUUAUUCGAUAAAUCAUUCAAUAAACAUUCAUAUCUUAUCAUAUGAUUAUCCAACAGCUAGGUAAUAUAUCUUCCAUAUUAUUGUUGUAUUAAGCAUUUUCCACAAGAAUAGUGAAAAAAUAAAUUUAUUUGAAUAUUUAAAUCCUCAAUUUAGGAAUGAAACUGCUAAACAACUCAAUGUUUAAUUUACCAUAAUGUCUAUAAAUAACUUUAUAAGAACGUUAGAUGAACAAUUUAAAAUGAAGCAUGUUUUUUUUUUAUUUAAAGAAUAAUUGUUUCGAAGUUUCGCCCUUUAAAAUGGUAACAUUGGUCACAACAAAUAUGGAAGGUUUAUUUGUACUUAUUAGGCCAUAGGCCUAUUUAUCUAGUCUAUGAAUUGAGGAGCCUAGUUCAGUACGUAGAUUGUUGAGUGGCUGGAAUUAUUUUACCAAAAUGUAAAUGUAUGUUUGUAAUUAACAUGCAUUCAUAUUGUAGUAAACUAGUGGGGCAUAUGAGAGAUAGACCCUCCAUUGGGUGGACGACCGGGAGCCUUUCAUAGUCAAGCAUGCUAUUAUUAUGGGCAAUGAACUCCUUUAAAAUCCCCGAAGGCUGUACCUUAGGGGUUUAUUAAUGUACAAUCGAACUGUCUUAAAGACUAUAUCGAAUGAUAUGCAAAGCUCCGUUUGGCAAACAGCUAUCCGUAACUAAGAAAGUACUUAGAAAACCUAGCAAAUAUGUUCUUUCUUUUGAGACUUAAAACAUUAUUGUGGUCUGAAAUACUUUUUACCCAUUUGAAAUAAACACGAAAGUAUAAGUUAUGAAAACCACAAUAAGUAACAGAAAUUUUCCUUUUAAAUUUAGAUAGACGUAUACUAGCAGAAUGUUUAGGUUAAGUUAAAAACCAUAUACAGUACGGUACUGUAUAUGACUUAAAUUUGUUACCGUAUAACAUGUUUCUUGGCACAGGAUUUAUCUUAAACGAUGUUUGUUAGAACAAAUUCGUAUUUGUUUUGAAAAUUUGUCCCUGUUUAUACUUCACAAAUAUAAAUACGGUAUGUAUUUGUUUUAUGAAAAGUUAUAUUUAUAAAUAAAUAAAAAAAAAACCUAAAAGUUCUAGGGGAGAUUUAUGUUGAUUGUAGUUGAUAUUCUAUUGCACAUUAAUGAAAUAAUAAACACUGUCUUUCCUGAAACCAUAUAUUUAAUUGACCUGAUAAAGAAUGAAUCACCUAAAUGGUUUUCCUGUAUUACAGAAAGCUGUAUAUUACUUGACGUUGAUGUUUUUAUUCAGAAUGUUUUGAUUACCGUAGUUUUUACAUUUCUGUUUAUAUAGUUGAACAAUUUCAUCUUAUCAAAAAAAGGUAUAUUCCACUAAUGGACAGCAGUGACGUAUCUAGGGUGCGCGGGGGAUGGGGAGCAUCUCCGCAAAAAAAUACGUGCUUUCUCCAGUCUCCCCCACCCCAUAAAAAAAAUUCACGCUCAAGUACCUGUAGUUAAAAAUCACCUUAUUUUUUUUCCAAGCUAGCUUCCCCCCACUUUACAUCUCGCAUCAGUCCCCUAUUCCAAGACUCUUAGAUACGCCACUGAUGGACCGUUGUCAUAAGUAAUUCUUCCAAAUCCGCUUCUAUUAAAUUUUUGUAAGGUCCAAACAUAACCUAUAGGACUAUAUGUUUAACUGCACUGAUUUUAUUUGCAAAAUACCCUUUAUACAGAAUAUAUAUUGAAACGUGUUCAGUGGUUCGGACUAGUUCCGAUGUAGGCCUAUGUCAUUGACAGCAAUACAUUUAUGAGAAUGUAACUCAGUAGGCCUAUCAAUUAUUUGAUUUAUUUUUGUCCUUAAUGUUACUGGUAGGAACUUCGUUUAAAAGAACAUACAUUUUACCAUUUUAUUUAUAAGUCAUUACGAAGUCAUUCCAUUAAAUAGAAAAAGUUUAAUCUAUCUAGCAUAUAUUGAUAUUAAAUUAUGUAUUAAACGUUCAACAUUCUUAUAAAAAAUAUAAGGUUAUUAUUUAUGGUAUUAUUGCUUUAUAUAGAAUUAACACGUGACUGCUACAAAACUGCUGAAAAUAUUCAAAGGAAUAGGCAUUCGAGAAAUUCGAUUGCUUUAAAAAGUGAUCCCGAAGCGGUGUAUAAAUCUGGUGUAUAAAAGUUGUAAAAAUAUUUAAAUGUAACUGUAUUUCGGAGAUGUUUACAGAAUAAACCAAAACGAAGAAAGAAACA